AUGUCCAGACCAACUCUGACAACCGCGAUCCGCACCCUACCUCGAGAGCUCCAAGACAUGAUCCUAGACGAAAUCGUCAAACCGCCAUCAGCAAUCCGCUACCUUGACGAAGUGGCAGAACGCCUGGGCUACCACGACUGGCCAGCGACAAGCCCGAGACUGCUCCUUCCUUCACCUGCACGAAUGGACCGGCGUACGAUCUGCCUACGCACCAGGAAGAUCUUCUUCAACAGCUUCCUCGACGGAGUUUUCAUCGUCCCUUACCUCAGCGGCAAAUCGGUGGACUUCUGCGUGCAGUGGCUGGAGACGCUGGACAAGGAGCUGCGCUAUCAGGUGAAGGAUAUUCGAUGUGUUACGGUGGCGUCUAACGACUCGAUUGCCUGGAACGAUGCCUUCGAAGCUGAUGCGCGUGGGAAGUUCCGCGUGCUGAGGAUGGAACAUGCCGUGCGGUUCGGGAGCGAAGAUGAGAUCACGGCAGACCUGGACGACUACCUGAGUCAAGCAAUACUGGCUAUAGCGACUUCUGAGCAGCAGAACGAUUCAGCCAACGUCUCUGUGGCCAGCACACCUCAGCAGACCAUCACAGCGCCAUCUCAGCUGCAUAGCCACGGCAACUUUCGUGGAGAAGGCCACAUACUCGGCAAAGGCACCAAGAGCACCAGCUGGCAAGACGACGACGGGUGGAGCGAGGACGAGGAGGAAAUUGGAGAUUGGGAUGAGGUGGAUGAGGAUGAAGGUGAGGCAUAA